AUGAAUUGUUUGGCAUAUGCUAGUUGUAUACAUCAAUUUCAAAUAAAUGAGAAUGGUUAUAUUCAAAUCGAUAUAUUCGGAUAUGAUAACAAUAUGGAAAGAUUUAUAAAUGUCAUUGAAAAACCAUUAAUACCAUCAAUGACAAUGAAAUUCAAUAAAUGUACUAUUGCUGGUUCAUGCUUGAUUGAUAAAGGUCUACUUGUUCUUUUACAUCUUAUUACAUUGAAUAGUUCAAUUUUAAUGUUUCUUCAAUUUCAAUCACGUCCAUGGUCAUGCCAUAUACUUUAUACAUUAUCAAUACCAUCAUCAAUUCAUGAUUCAAUGAAAUUUCUUUCAAUAAAUUCCUUAUUGAGUAUAUUUAUCAAUGAAGCAAAAAAUCAAAAUGGAUUUUAUAUAAUUGAUAAUAAUAAAGAAAAUUUUCGAAGAAAUAUUGAAUUUGUUCAGUGUUCAUUAUUAACUUAUAUUUACUGUUAUUUACAUGAUAAUUAUUAUUGGUUAAUGGGUACUGAAAUUGAUAUGAAUAUGCAACGAAAAUUAAUUAAAGUCUACUAUGGCUGUUCAACUUGUUUAUCUAGUCCACUUGUUACAUUUAGCACUAAUAAAUUUAUUCCCAUAUCUCUUGCUGAUAAUAUUCAAGACAUAUAUGUUAUUAAUCAUAAGCUUCAAUUAAAGACUCGUUUAAUUUUGGGUGAUCUUAUUAUAUCCGGUAGAGAUCAUCGAAUUUUUACAUGUCGUAAUGGUACAAUAUGCCAUGAACUUUCAAUGAAUAAUUUAGUUACUUCCAUUCUAUCAUAUGAUACAAUCGAAAAUGAACGACUAUUUCUUUUUAUGAAAAAAGAUAUUCAGUCUGUUGGAAUAUUUAAAUAUGAUGAAAAGCUUUUAUUAACUCCAUAUACAAAUACAAAUGAAACAGCUAAUUAUAUUCUUAUUGAUGAUUUUAAUCAAAUAGGAUGGAAACAAAUAUUAUUUUUAAAAAGUGAUUUUAAUCUAAAUUCAUUCAUGUUAACUGAUUUUUCACAAAUACAUAGUUUUCAACAAGGAUCAAAUUAUGACUAUAAUGCUGAAGAAAAACUUUUAUCUACUGAAAUGGAUGAUGCUGAUAUUCAAACUAGUCUUGCUCUUGCUCAAGAUAUUCUUCGAAAGAAAAUCAUUAAUGCGGAUUUUAUUGUCAAUGAAGGUUAUUUUCAAUGUCGACAAGUCGAAAAUGAUAUUCGAAAAAUAACUAAUAAAUAUCAUGUUCCAGAUCUUAGUCUAAAUACACAAACAGAAAGUCUUCUUCAAACUUCAAACAUUUCAACGCCAGUUCUUCAAUUAAUUGAAACAAAUUGGUUUGUCUAUCGAUCAAAUUUAUUUUUAUAUGUAACAAUUAAAAAUACUACGAAUAACAUUUUAACUCCAGUAUAUCUAUUUGGUAUUGAUAAAAAUUCUAAUAAAAUAAAAUUAUUUAAUUUAACAACUGCUUUUCAAUCAUUAUUAAAUGAGCAAACGAACUUUAAUUUAAAUUCCAAUUCAUGUAUAACAUUUAUUUUAACAACAUUAAUUGAAUUAGAUAAAGAUAUUGAUAUAGAACUUUAUUUAUUGAUUAAUGAUAAUAAUAAACUUUUUCGUGUUGGUUCUAUCAACAUAUUAAUUGAUGAUCUUAUUCAUCCGAAUAAUGAACGAAUAUUAAAAUUGAAUGCAUUAGAAACUGAAUCAAUCUAUAAUUUAAUGUAUCGACAAGCAUUGAUUUAUGUGAAUACAUUGUUUCGUUUGGAUUUAAAUAUUCAAUCAACAACAACAAAAUUUCAACUUAUUGAACAUUUUAGGCAAUUAUUAUCAACAAUUGGAUUUAAUCCUAUUAUUCAUAUGCCAAAUGUUUAUAUACGUGUGAAUAAAGGAAAUAUUUUUGAACAUGUACUUAUUCAUCUUGUAAAUGAAGAUAAUUUUAUUGUUGAUGACUUAAUUGUGCAUUUCUAUGCUGAAAAUUCUUCUGAAGCUAUGAUGAUUGCAAAAUAUAUUUUAUCUAAACUUGAUUUUCAAUCAUUUUCAUUGACUAAUUCAAUAAAUUCAUCAUAUCAAGAACAAAAUACUAAAAUUCUCAAUCGUAUUCAAACCGAAUUAACAUCGUAUAUAAAUAUAUUAAAACAAGUUCCAACAAUAAUGCGUAAAAUUGCUCCAACAUCAAAAUCAGAAUCAUAUCGAUUAUUAAAAUUAGAAAAUUUUCAAUUAUGUCAAAAUGAAUGUCAUCUUACGGAUCUAUUAUUAACAUCAUUAGUUAUUGAUUAA